AUGGCUUAUGCUGCUCUGGCCGCCUACACCACAAUGUAUGAUGACCACAAGACUCCCAGGGUAACCGCCACCGUUCCCUCACUCGCGUCCUAUCCUCUGCGACUAAAGAUCACCCUGGCAGAUAUGCCGUCAGGAAAGGGAUGGACAAAGCACCGACCCGUUUCAGUGUGGAUUAGAGACGCAGGACGAUACACUAGAGUCGAAGUCGAGGAGGCUACAUUCUUAUCGGAAAGCAGGCAGGCAGUAGCACGAAGGAAGAUUCACGAGGAUCUUCGAGAAGCGGGAGGAGACACUACGUUUAUCGAACUCGCCUAUGGAGCGGUCACACUCGGAUGUAUGACGGACGAAGAGGCGGAGCAAGUGUAG